AUGCAAGUCAGUAGAUUGAGUCUUGUCCUGGGAACAGCGAUAAUAUGUCUUAGUUUCGUGUUUGGUAAGGAUGAAGUUAAAAUCAUAAAACCGAUCAAACCAGAGAAAUGCAAGCAGAAGAGUCAAGCAGGUGAUAUUGUCGAGCAGUUCUACAAAUUAUCAGAUAAGGAUGGACGAACAAUAGGAUCCAAUUUCGGCAAGAAACCGUAUGUAUUUACGUUAGGUAAAAGUCAAGUUAUUUCUGGCAUGGAUCGGGCAAUGACUGGUAUGUGUAUAGGUGAAAAACGAAAAGUAAUCAUUCCAUCACAUUUGGGAUUCGGUGAUAGCGGUCGAGAUCGUGAUGAUAUCAAAGGUGGACAAACGUUGUACUACACUGUUCAGCUAGUGGACUUCUUUCGGCCAGUUCCAGGGGAUUCCUGGACAGAUGAAGAUGGCCUACAGAUUCAGGUAACACACAAAAUAGACGAAAAGCAAUGUCGCAAAGCUCAGACAGGUGAUACGAUUCAUCAACAUUACACGCUACAUUUGGAAGACGGAACGUUCAUUGAUUCAAGUCAUAAGCGAGAAGCACCGUUUAUAUUUAAACUUGCUAAUGGAGAGGUAAUUGAAGGUAUGGAUCGAGCAAUGACAGGCAUGUGCGAAGGCGAAAGACGAAAAGUUGUUAUUCCUUGGAAAUUAGGAUAUGGUGCUGAUGGUCGGAAACCAUCAAUACCUGGUAAAGCAGACUUGUACUUCGACAUUGAACUUCAUAAAUUAAUUAAGCACGACGAAUUGUAA